CCCUCCCCGCCGGGUGGCCAUGUUGCAGUGCUAGCAGGCAGCGCAGAGGCGGCGGGCGGCAGCGCAGGCGCAGACACCGCACCGCGAUGGCCGUGGCCGUGGGCAGACCGGCGAACGAUGACCUCAGGAACCUGUCCCUGUCCGGCCACGUGGGCUUCGACAGCCUCCCAGACCAGCUGGUCAACAAGUCAACGUCACAGGGCUUCUGCUUCAACAUCCUGUGUGUGGGUGAAACUGGCAUUGGCAAGUCGACGCUGAUGGACACGCUGUUCAACACCAAGUUCGAGAGCGAGCCCGCCACGCACAACGAGCCCGGCGUCAGGUUGAAAGCGCGCAGUUACGAGCUCCAGGAGAGCAACGUGCGCCUCAAGCUGACCAUCGUGGACACCGUGGGGUUUGGUGAUCAGAUCAACAAGGAUGACAGCUACAAGCCCAUAGUGGAAUACAUCGACGCCCAGUUCGAAGCCUACCUGCAGGAAGAGCUGAAGAUCAAGCGGUCGCUGUUCAACUACCACGACACGCGGAUCCACGCCUGCCUCUACUUCAUCGCUCCCACCGGACACUCGCUCAAAUCCCUGGACCUGGUCACCAUGAAGAAGCUCGACAGUAAGGUGAACAUCAUCCCCAUCAUUGCCAAGGCUGACACCAUCGCAAAGAACGAGUUGCACAAGUUCAAGAGCAAAAUCAUGAGCGAGCUGGUCAGCAAUGGCGUCCAGAUCUACCAGUUCCCCACUGAUGAGGAGACAGUGGCCGAGAUCAAUGCCACCAUGAGUGUCCACCUUCCUUUUGCCGUGGUUGGCAGCACUGAGGAAGUGAAGAUUGGCAACAAGAUGGCGAAAGCCAGGCAGUACCCCUGGGGUGUCGUGCAGGUUGAAAAUGAAAACCACUGUGACUUUGUGAAGCUGCGGGAGAUGCUGAUCCGAGUGAACAUGGAGGACUUGCGGGAGCAGACGCACACCCGGCACUAUGAGCUGUACAGGCGCUGCAAGCUGGAAGAGAUGGGCUUCAAGGACACAGAUCCAGACAGCAAACCUUUCAGUCUCCAAGAGACUUAUGAAGCAAAGAGGAAUGAAUUCCUGGGCGAACUCCAGAAGAAGGAGGACGAAAUGAGGCAGAUGUUUGUCAUGCGAGUGAAGGAGAAGGAAGCAGAGUUGAAGGAAGCAGAGAAGGAUCUUCACGAAAAAUUUGACCAUCUAAAGAGGACUCACCAAGAAGAGAAGAAAAAGGUGGAAGACAAAAAGAAGGAACUUGAGGAAGAGCUGAACAACUUUCAAAAGAAGAAGGCAGCAGCUCAGCUAUUACAGUCACAGGCUCAGCAGGCAGGUUCUCAACAAACCAAGAAAGACAAGGACAAGAAAAAUGCAAGCUUCACAUAAAGCCUGUCGAGCCAAGGAUGUUCCUGCAUUCACCUGCUUUUGCAGUAAUGUGUCUCUGCCAUCUGUUUUCUUUUUAUAUUUUUUUUUCCAUUUUUUAACAUGAAUAACUAUUAACUUGUCUAAUAACAUAGUGGGAACAAGAAGGAAGAGGGAUUGGGUGCAGGACUGUGUGUGAGUGGAAGUUCAGGGGUGGGUGGAGGGACAGGGUAAUCAUGAUGACACCAUGCAUUUUUCUCACCAAAACCAUCAGCAGUAAAUUAUUUUUGGCCCCCAGUCUGAACCAAGAGUCAGAGUUGGCUGUCAGCAGCUCAGGUGUUGGCUGGCUCAGGUGCCCUCAGUGCUGCUGGCUGUGCUGUGGGAUCCCCAGGGAAUGAGUGUUGCAGGAAUGUCCCAGCCAGCCCAGGCCAUGGCUGGAGCUGGAGUUUAGCCUGACCCACGUUCCUUGAGGAGCUGAUGUGUUCAGCAGCCCCAGUCCCAGCGGGGAGAGGGAGGGGGGUGUGUGUAGAUAACCAAGUGUAACUGACCUUGCAUGCCGUGACAUUUGCAUGAUAAUUUGUGUUAGCUCCUGUUCGUGCUGUCCGCCCUGGCCUGGUUUCCAGCCUCCCUUCCAGCUCAGCCACCUCGGGGAAGGACCAUUCCCAGCACUGCUCCCCCUGCACCAUUGCCUCAAACCUUUGGAGCCUCCCUUAAAAUCCUGCCUGCUUUCCAAGGGGCAGGAUCUUAACAAGGCUUAGCAGCCCUCAUGGGCAGGGGGAAGAUAGAGCCUUCAGCAUCCUCUUGGAGCUUCCAGGAGCAUGUGGGAUCCACAAUUCCAGGUCAAGGGAGAGAAGGUGCCUGGACACAGUCUCUGUGCUGCCCCCAAGCCCUCCUGCAGCAGGAAUAAUGUCCCAUUCAGGUGUUCCUAGGACAUGCCAAGGAGCUGUAGGAUAAGCCAGGCCCUGCUCUCUGGCCAGCACACAGUGGAAAUGGGUCUGUUUCAAGUGUUUUUUCCAUGCCAUUUCUUUCAGACAGUGUCAUUCCCUUCCUUCCCAAGGAGUGGCGAGCCGUGCUUACCCUGUGACUCCUGGAUUUCUUCCUCUGCCAGUGCACAGCCAGCACUUCCUAGCUAGGCAGUCUCUUUAAAGCCUUCUUUAAACCUUUCUUACACAAAACUCUUCCUACCUGAGUCUUCCACUGCAGCUGUUUGCCUGCUUCUGGAUGGAAUUUCUCUGGGGAGAAAAGAAAAGGCAGACUUCUCACUUCUUUUAAUCACUUUUUCCUCAGGUGUUGGAUUGGGAAGUGCUUGGAGGUUAGCUUAUGGGUUGUCCCGCUUUUUAACCCUCACUGCUUAAACAUGGCUUUAGGAAGAGAAUAUCUAUGAACCAUGUCUUGGUAGACAGCAAAAAUGGAUAAAUAAGCUGGAAAUAAAGCAGUUAACCUUUUUAUCCUUUUAAAAAAAAUUAUAAAUUUUUUUUUAGACUUUUUUUUAAAGUAGUUUUAAAAAUUAUUUUUUUGUUGUUGUUGUUGUUUGGGUUUGGUUUUUUCCCCUCCUGGAGUUGCCAACUAUGCACUUUUCAUCAGGUUAAAUAGGUUUGCUGCAGGGUUAGUUGGAAAAAUGAAAUUCUGGUUCUUGUGGCUUCUGGCUAACCCAGCUUUAAAAUCUUGAGUUAUGAAGGAAGAAGUGUGAGUUGUUUGCAUGAGUUUUUUACAGUCACAUCACAUGCCCAUCACCGAGUGCUCGUGGCAAUAUGCUUUGCUUCAGCUGCCUCUAUGCAUGUCAUCUUUUUAAUUACCAGUGUUUUGUGCCAAGUAGAAAACUUAAUUUUAACAUUUAUUUCUCCUGCUUCAUUUAACAGCCCUUCCAGGGAUGUUUAGCAGGGGAAAUCAGCUGAGCUGAGCUUUUCCUUUUUGACAGAAAGCUGUGGCCAAGUGCAUUAGUGUCUUUUUGGUUGAGUUUUUCUCCAGCAGAAAACCAGCUGUGUUGGAGAAACUGGGAAUAAACCACAAACUUGAAGAUGUCAAAGGUAUUGUUUUGGUUUUUUGCCAAAGGAGAUGGAAACUACUUUUUUCCCCAUCUUGAACCCCUGGGCCAUGUUUAGCUUGUUCCUGCUGCUCUUGUUGCUUUUCCUUUCCUCGUGCCUUUUUUCCCAGUAGCCCCUGAUGUGCAUGGAGUGAACGAUAGACUCAGGUCUGGCUGGAUGUGCUUUCACCUCUGCAUGUAAGUACAGCAGGAAGAGACUGACCCUUCCUGCCUCGCUCCUGAUGGGAGAGCAGCUGUGCUUUUCUGGGAGAUGCUCCAAGUCCACUUACUUGCAAGUGGGGUGGUUAACACCCCUCUAAAACUGCAUGUUCCUCACAAGGUGGAUUUCAGUCCUUAGGCUAAUACAGAGGAGCAGGACAGCAUGCUGAAAUGUGCUUUUUCUGGGAUGGGGAUGUUCCCAGGGCAUGAAGCAAACCCCCAGAAUGGAAAAGCAAAGACAGUCCAGGUCUCUGUGAGGGACUGUGGCUGCUCUCUGGAGAGGGGGCACACGUGGGUCUGGCAGGCAGUGGGAGAGGAGGAGAUGGAUUAAGGGGUUUCUCCCCCAGAACCUUCUGGGGAUGACACUGUUCCUUGCAGGGAGGGCAGUGAGUAGGAAGGUGCCCUUGGAGCUUGUGGUUGUGAAAUGCAUCAUCUGAAGAUGCAUCUCCUGUGGCGCUCCAGGAGUCACAGGGGAAAGCAGGCGCUGGCACCCACCCCAGGCUCCUCUCCAGCUGGAGAGCUGCCACUCCUGUCACCCCUCCACGUGCUUCUGACAGCCUGAAAUCCCAGCAGGGAGCUGCAUGUCUCCCUGGAAGGACAUCCAUGUUACACAGGGCCGAUGGUUCUGCAGGCAGCUCUCCUCUGCUUCUCCCAACCCCUCCCAGUGCAGAUGGAAGUGUCUUUUUGUGUGUGACCACCUCAGCUGUGUCCGUGUGACUCCAGUCCCCUUCUGUGUCCCUUCUCCCGGGCCUGGGCUGCAUGUGCAGGGUGUGAGAUCUGUGGUGCUCUCGCCAGCGUGUGCCAGCACGGAGCUCUACAAAUAUGAAGGGUUUUUUAAUUAAUGGGAAACAAAGCUGUGAACAGCAGUAGAAAUCUUGUAUUUUUAAUAUCCUGAUUGCCUUAAACCAUAGAUGUAGGACUUUAUUACCUUGCUAUUGGAAAAUAACCCAUGUUUGUAACUAAACAAUUGUGUAACCUACAUACAGUGUUAAUGCAAAUGAUAUGUAUGCAUCUGUUAGAUAUUGUCACUUUAUUUGAUGUUAAAAUAUUUCAGUUUUCGAAUUACAGAUGGAAUAAUAACCUUCUA